UAGAUGGAACCAAGGAACAACGUUACUUACUUCAUCCUGCUGGGCCUCACUCAGAACCCGAGAGAACAGAAAGUACUUUCUGUCAUCUUUUUGCUCUUCUACAUUUUGACAGUUCUGGGAAAUCUUCUCAUUGUUGUGACUGUAAAUCUCAGUAAGACCCUCGAUUCACCCAUGUACUUCUUCCUUGCUAGCUUAUCUUUUGUCGAUAUUAUUUACUCAUCAUCUAUUUCACCUAAGUUGAUUUCAGACAUGUUCUUUGGGGAGAAAACCAUCUCCUUCAAGUUCUGUAUGAUUCAGCUCUUCACAGAACACCUUUUUGGUGGAUCAGAGGUAACUCUUCUCUUGGUGAUGGCUUUGGAUCGCUAUGUGGCCAUUUGUAAGCCUUUACAUUAUUUGGUUAUCAUGAAGAAAUGGGUGUGUGUUGUGUUGCUGGUAGUGUCUUGGUUUGGGGGAUUUUUGCACUCAAUAAUUCAACUUAUCACGAUUUAUGGGCUCCCGUUCUGUGGCCCCAACAUCAUUGAUCAUUUUAUGUGUGACAUGUAUCCUUUAUUGGAACUUGUCUGCAUUGAUACCUAUGUCACUGGUAUCUUAGUGGUGGCCAAUGGAGGACUGAUGUGUGUGAUUAUUUUCACACUCCUGCUCAUCUCCUAUGGUGUCAUCUUGCAUUCUCUAAAGAACCUUAGUAAGGAAGGGAGGCGGAAAGCUCUCCUCACCUGUGGCUCUCACAUCACUGUGGUUUUCUGCUUCUUCAUUCCCUGCAUUUUCAUAUAUGCAAGACCUGCUAAGACUUAUCCUAUUGAUAAAUCAUUUAGUGUAUUUUAUACUGUCUUAACCCCUAUGCUCAACCCAUUAAUCUACACUCUGAGAAACAAAGAGAUGACAAAUGCAAUGAAGAAGCUCUGGAGAAGGAAAGUUACAUCAAGUGUUACAUGA